ACAUGGAGACAUGAGGACAUGAACACAUGGAGACAUGAACACAUGAAGACAUGAGGACAUGAACACAUGGAGACAUGAACACAUGAGGACAUGACUAACAUGUAUAGAAACAAGGAAAUGGAUCAACACAUUGUGUCAAUAAAGAAUUAAUGUGGAUUUCAUGUUUCUUUAAUUAUUUAAGUCAACGGAUGAACGGAUGAGGAGUUUUAUGUGGAACAGAGUGAAGCUCGAUAUGAAGAGGUAUAAAAUAACAAGUAAAAACAACAAGUAGAAGUACCGCUGUGGUACUUUAUGUACUGCAACACAUUUGUAUAUUUAUACUUCAUGUCUUCUGUAAACACAAAUGUUCUGAUUUGAAUAAAACAAAGAGCUCGUCGUCAAGACUCCCCCCCCCCACGUGACGUGCUCCGAGCUGCAGAUCAAUAAAUAAUAAACAAAGAUUAAAUAAACUUCAGUAUUGAUCAGGAGGUUCUAGUGAUCACCUCCAUCUUCUGAUCAAUAACUUCAAUCAGACGCCCCAUUGCGCAUGCGCCGUAUCCCGCGCAAUUGCCGCAAAAGACCUGCGCGCGCAGCCGAUUGUUACAAUUAAACAGGAGAUUUAAAUUAGUUUAUGCCCGAUUGUUCACGUGAUCGAUCCCAUACGCGCUUCUGCCGACAAACGUUCCGUUCAGCCGUAAAUCAGAGUUCACGGACGUAAUCAAGUCGUGAAACAUCGUGGCUGCAGCGUUGUUCGUGGGGGGGUCCCACUAAACCCGCAUUGAACCGCACCCUCGUCCUGGUAUCUGACGCCAUGAACGGGGUCUCUCGGGUCCCCUUCCGAGGGCUCGUGCGGUGGUGAAGACGUCAUGGCGGCCGCCGCUUUGAAAACGCGUCUCCCGGAGUUCACCGCCGGUUCUCCUCCGUGGGUGAAACUACCGGCUGCGUCCCGUUAACCGGAUCAUGAGCUCAACCGUACUGAUCACGAGAUAGCCGUUAUUACGCUCGCGUCUCCCGGCGCAGGUUCACUAACACGUGUCAGGAAGCGAACUGUCAUGGCGCCUGUCCUCAACGUCCGGGCGGUUCAAAGACUCCGCCGCCGGUCCGGAGACACGUCUCGAGCCGCAGACACCGUCCCGCUGCUUUCCUCGCGUAGAUAACGGACCCGUAGGUCCUCCGGAGCCGCCGGGGCCGACUUUUGAAACCAGGUGGCGGCAGCAAGAUGGCGUCUGAGUCUGCGCAGUAGCGAGAUGACGUAACAGAUCGAGGACACCGCAUGCUCCCCCCCCACACUCAGUUAGAAAAGAGCCACGAUGCCGACGGGGGUUUAUACGACGGGAAACGGCCGGUACGGCUCGGAUUAACGGUUCACCGUCGAAGUACUCGACAUGUCCGCCCCGCAGAAGGUAAUCCGUGUGCCGUAAAUGGAGCACGUGGUCGCAGUGGGCCCACACGGGACUGGACCUGCAGGUUUACUGUUGCAUGGGGCGGCCAUUGCUGGGCUCAACAUCAGGCCUGCUGGUCUCUGCUGGACCACUUUGGAUCCGAUGCAUCUAGAGGUUUAACAUUCCAGAUGAAACUCAAAUGGAUGCUGUUGAACCGUUGUACCGAUGUUUAAAAAGCGGGACCCUCCUGCCCUUUAUAUCUGUGGAGCCUGUUCAUGGCUUCUAAGAAGAAGCAGAAAGGAAUGGUGUUCCAUCAGGACGGGGCCACCGGCCCUGCAGUCGCACCUGCUGCCGAUCAUCCACCUGCAAGUUUUGCUGUUCCCAAACCAGGGAAUGCGAGCGAAGGCGGGAUGGAAGAAAACACCAGUGUAACCAAAGAAGAGGCUGAUAUGAUGGGUAAACCCAAUAGGUACCCAUCAAAAGAAUCCAUCAGGACUUCUGAUGGACUUCCUACAGGGAAACAUGCCGCCGGUUCAAACCCUCAGUCGGACAACCUGUCACCUGACAGCACCUGCAAAGGCAUCAAAGUGUCGCUGGACAACAACAGCAUGUGGAACGAGUUCUUUAGAUGCAAAACGGAGAUGAUUUUGACUAAACAUGGAAGCAGGAUGUUCCCCUACUGUCGUUUUCGCAUCUCCGGCUUGCAGCCAUCUAGGAAGUACUUUUUGUUCAUGGACAUUCAGCCGUUGGACAACAGUCGACACAAGUGGACCGGUAAGAGUUGGCAAGUUGCUGGAAAGGCAGAAGUUCACGUAAAGAGUCAACCAUUCACUCAUCCAGAGUCGCCAUCAACUGGUCAACACUGGAUGCAGAAUCCAGUGUCCUUUUACAAACUGAAGCUCACAAACAGCAUCUUGGAUCAAGAGGGGAACGCCGUCCUGCAUCCGAUGCACCGCUACUUGCCACGACUGCACGUGGUCCAAACUGACAAAGCUGCUAAAGACUUAAAGCUGAACGGUCCCAGUGUUGUCACAUUCACUUUCCCCCAGACAGAGUUUAUAGCAGUCACUGCUUACCUGAACUCCCGGUUCUCUCAGCUCAAAGUCGACUGCAACCCGUUUGCUAAAGGGCUUAAGGAGGAGGGCUCUGGUUCUUGUGGCCUAAAGCUAAAAUUGAUUUCUGGCAAAGACGGAGGCACAACCGCCAACGAGCAACAUCCUGUGAAGAAGAGCCUGAAGUCUUUGCUUGCAAACCAUAAACCUAGAAGCUCCAAAGCCGUGGACACAAAGCCUUCGGGGUCAGGUGGCCUGCAGAAGAACUCCACUCCAAACGAAGACCAAGCCGCUGCCAAAUUCUCUGGGGAAAGUUUGUGUAAUUCACCUCCUGUUCAGAAGUUAUUUUCUGAACUCAUUCGGGAGGCUCACGUUUCACUGCAUCGAUGCAACCUGGACCAGCUCGGCAUCAAUAAUAGAUCUGAGCAAAGCAACACUAGGAGCACCUCUUUGAAAAGCAAUGAACAAGAUGAUCCCAGAAGCAAAGAGGAAACUGUUCCGAAGAGGAAAGCCAGGGUCGAUAAUGACCCUUUGAAUUUAUUGAACACCAAAGACAAUGUCAGGACGGAUUGUUCUCAGGUCAGUGAUGAUGUAGCUGCUCCAGCAGGGUCCCAGUUCUCCUCUGUGGAUUUAGACCACCAACAUAAGCCUCAAGCUCCAUCAGAGGUGAAGGUAAAGCAGCCAAAACGACCUCUGCCUCUGCCGGCCCUCGCUCUGUUUCUGAAGCAGCAUUCAUCAAAAUUUAAAAUGGCCAAGAAGAAGCUGGACUCUCCUUUGCCGGCACUCACAUCUGAGUGUCGGUCUGAUUCACAGAGUCCUGCUGCUGCUCCCGAAUGUCCACCUUCUGAUGACGGCAGUAAAGCAACUCGUCCCCCGAAGGACCUCACAGGUGAUAUCAGAAAGUCCCAAACCCUGGCCUCUGGACCAACUGGGGCACGACUUCAUCCAGAUGAAGUAGUUUUGAAUGUUACAGGACCAGCAGCUGAAACUGCCGAUAAGACUUCCAGUCCAUCGAGUCCAGAUGCUGUUUCCACUACAGACCCAGAAGGACUAAGACUGGAUGAUUUUUUGACUUGUGAUUCAGUUGCUGAAAGCAGAGGCCCAGAACUGGCGGUACCAGGUGGUACGAGAGUGUUACCCCACUCGGAUCAGUCAUUGUGUAUCCUUGACACCUCUUUAUCCACCGUUCCCUCGUCUCUUGCCGUGUCUCCCAUUUUGUUGUCACCGCUCAACACAGUGUUACCUGCUCCAAACUACACACUACCUUCAGACUCGCCGAGGUCUGACUCUCUUCUCCCAGACCCUGAGUGUUCCUCAUUUGGCUUUGAGCCUUUGUCUGCUGCCAGCUCUCCUGAGCCGUUACCUUCCCUUCCUUUGUCUUUCGCUCUAGAGCUCGACUCCACUCCAUCUGAAUCGACUCCAAACGCAGUAUCUCCUGAAGAGUUGCAUCCCAGUGAAGAUUUGUCUGUGUUCAAAUGGCACACAGUGUUACCUCCACUUGAGCCGUAUGUAGACCCUUCAUUCACAACAUUUCAGCCCACACCGCAGACUCUUCCUUUAGAGUCUGUGACGUCACCUCUGCUUCCUCUUCAGACUCUGUCCCCCUCUGUACUACAGACUCUUGACUCCUCCACCUCCACGCCGCCCCCUGAUCCGGCUCCAUCAUUUCAAGACAAUGAACCGCCGCUGCCCUUCCCUGCUGAACUGUCCCCCCUUGCACUCCAGAUGGCGCUGUCUCCGACCUUUUCUUCAUUAGACGGAGACGGAUUGUCCCCCACGCCUUCAAUCGCCGACCUUGUGCACUUUUUCUCCACCAAUGAUGAUCUUGGGAUGGGGGUGGAGUUUUCAAACACGGAGGCGGUGGCUGUUCCCUGCCCACCUCCAAGUACAGUGGAAGCCAAUGCACAGGAGCCUUCACAGCAGGUGUCACUAUUCCCAGCCAACAAACCUUGCAGGCACAAGAAGUCCCGGCGGCGAAAGCUUGCCGAUCAGGAGGAUAAGAAGAUGGAUGCCUCCACCUACACAAGAAUGCAGCCCAACCUGGAGGAGGUGGAGGAGCAGUUAUUUAUCUCAUUCACAUCAAAGGAGGCCCUCAGACUUCACGUUGUGGACUUCUCUGAUGGAACGGCCUCACAGCCUCAGACGACACCUGAAGGUCACCUGCAGCAAACACCUGAGAACGGUAACGCAGAGACGGCAGAGGGCUCGGAGGAGACGAUCGCUGCCUUUGAGAAGAUCUUUCUGAGAGACUUGAAGCAGAUGAGACACGGACAGGUGAUCCACCCGGUGCUGCAGGAAGUUGGUCUGAAGAUGAACCUGCUGGAUCGGACUCUGGCCAUAGACCUGCAGUACCUGGGAGUCCGCCUGCCCAUCCCUCCUCCUGGAGUCCCUCUGGAGCCGCUGCCCCCGGAGCUGCCCCCACCUCAAGGUGCUUCUGCAGCGUUUGUGUCCAGAACAGGAAAAACCACUGAUGUGACUCAGAUCAAAGGAUGGAGAGAGAAGUUCUCUCCAACCGAGGCUGCUGCAUCCACGCCGACACCAGCCAACCCUGAAGCUGGUCCCAGUUCAGAUCUGCCAAAGAAGAACCUGUCUGCAUUCUGCAGCGACAUGCUAGACGAGUAUCUGGAGAACGAAGGGAAGCUGAUCGACCAGCAAGCAUCCAGCUUCACCCAGCCACUUGUGGUGCCGGUGGUCUACGAGCUACCCACCAGGAGCACCAGCUACGUCCGUACCCUGGACAGAGUCCUAAAGAAGCAGCCUGCCAGCUCCCCCACCUCAGACCUCAUAUCUGGAUUCAUUCCCCCCUCCAAGAGACCCAAACUCACCCUCGGAGAGAACAAAACAUUCAGGAGGCAGAGGGGUCAGAAACACAAUAAACCCAGAGCAGGAAUAUAUCCAGCACCUGCACUCAGUACAGCUGAAUCAAACCUUAAACAACCUUCAGUCCAGAACCCGGAGAACACAUCCGGCGUCACUGAACCACAUAAAUCAAAGAGACACCAGCUGAAAGACCAAUUCGACCCCACUGAACCACUAACUCCAUCUGCUCCACACAAGAAGAGGAGGAAGCUCAAACCCAAGACCUCGUCUCAGACCCUCAGCCCCUUCAAGCCCCCGCUCCCCCCGCCCGAUGUCUCGCAGGACAUGGCUCCGCUGGAGCCGGACUCUGAGAUGGGUAAUGUCAGGGGACCCAUGAUGACCCGGGCUCUGCUGAGACAGAAGGACCUGGAGGACGGCGUGUUGUGGGAGGGUCUACACCGGACCAGCAUCACGAAGGAGAGGGCCACCAUCGCUCUGACGUCACUCUUCACACUGAAGGGUUUCGUCAUAGAGAACCCCACCGCUCCCAUCCAGCUGGUCCGGAGAGAAGCCCCACCCUGCCUGAAUGAGUUCUGCAGACUGGGCUGCGUCUGCUCCAGCCUGUCCCAUUGCUCCAGGAUCAGCCACUGCGGCCGGCCUGCCUGCAUGUUUGGCUGCAGCUGCCUCAAACAGAAGGUGGUCCUCCUCAAAAACCUGGACGGCUCCGACUCCAGCCCCUCCCAGCAUGGACGCAACAAGAGGGGGAGGAGAAGGAGGAGGAUGAAGAUGGCCUACGUCCUGAAGGAGGCGGACAGCGUUUCCCAGCCUGCCGAGCGGGUCCGGACUCUGUGGAAGAGGGUCAUUGGAGACUCGGAUCCAGAGCUGGUCCACGUACCUAAACCUGCAGCUGUGUCCUGCCCCUCUGUAAGAACUGCAAGAGGAGAGGACGACAGCAGCUGUGCCAGAGUCCGACUUUAUGUCGGGAAGAAGAAGAAGAAACGGACGAGGAAGGAUCAGCCGGAGAGUCGUGAUCAUCCAGCGGAGACGUCCAAUGAGGUGAAGCCUAAAGAUGUUCGGCUGAAGCCUUCGAGACAGAAGGUCACAAAAACCAAACCCUGCAGUCCUCCAGCAGGUGAUCCGGAUCAGCCCGCACCCUCCGACAGGCCUCCGAGUCGCCCGUCGGAGCCGAAGCCGUCAAAGCGUCUGACCAUCAUGGCCGAGUGCAAGUGGGUGAGCGACGGCGACCGCAACCUGGUGCUGAAGAAGCUGUGCGAGGCCAUGGCUCAGGACCGGCUGGACCAACCCUUCUGGAUCAAAGAGUAUCUGGUCAGUCCCAUCAGUCAGGUCCUGGAGGACGGCGCCACCGACCGCUGCAUCCACUACAAGAUGCACAUCUCCAGACCCAAACUGGAGCGGGAGAGACCAGAGAAGCCAGAGAGACCAGAGAGACCAGAGAGACCAGAGAGACCAGAGAGACUGGAGAAGCCAGUGAGACGUCAAAGACACAGGAAAAGGAGGAAGCAGGAACCCCUGAACCAGGUGGUCGCGGAGGUGGAGCCUCCUCAAGAAGUGCAGCGGGAGGUAGAGGAGGAGGAGGACCCGGCACCUCCUGAGGACUGGCAGCGAGAGGUGGAAGAAGGUGACAUCGAGGAGGAGGAGGAGGAGGAGAUGAAGAUGGUUUCAAAGAGGAAGAUGAAGGUCAGCAUGGCACUGCCAUUCCUGACGGGAGUCUCUCCAGCCGGUUUCCUCUCAGCCAAUAGGAAGCAGCCGGGAGGAACAGACCACCUGGUCCAGGUGAAUGGGAAGCUCUAUCCUCUGGCAAAGAUCCAGCUGGGGAAGAUGGGGGCGCUCCAUCCGGCCAACCGUCUGGCAGCAUAUCUGACCGGCCGGGUGGGCUCCAACAGGAAGCCCCCUGGCUCCUCCCAACCUCCUCAGAACAGUUCAGGACCCUCCGCCCCCCCACCCAGACCUCAGCCGUCAGUCACAACGCCCCCCCGGCCUACAGCAGUGAAGGGCGACCAAUCUGAGGGGGCUGGGACCCAGACUGUCACGAUCCGGGUGUUUCCAGGUCUGAAGGGAGGCGGCAGUCAGGUCAGAGUGGUACCUGCAGCUUCUGCUAGCUCCGCCCCCAUUUCAGACUCUCAGGUGAGCAGCUCUGUGGCCUCACCUGUAAAUUCAUCUCCUAAAGGCUCCCAUAUGUUGAUGCAUCAGCUCCCAUCUCCUCCCGGGAACCUCCCUCUGCCGGUUCGGGCUUCCUGCCCUCCCACCCCCACGUCCUCCACCGGUCAGAGGAUGGUCCUGCAGCCGGUCCAGUCGAAGUCAGGCGUCCAGUACUACCGCAGACCAGACGGCAAACUGGUCCAACUGGUUCCAAUCAGCCAGCUUAGAUCAGUCAACCAGAACCUGGCUGUCCAGAGAGUCCUCCCUGCUGCAUCCCUUCAGACUCAAGUUGGUAACCAAACUCCAGCAUCGACCACAGUGACCUCCAUCCUUCCCUCGCCCCCCUCCCCCCUCCUGGGUUUCGUGCCUCAGACGGGGUCGUGCAGGGAUCCCGUCAUCGUGUUGUGUCCUAACGUUCACUCCGAGGUGCCGGCUCCCGGCUCCUUCACCCUUCUCCAGCCUCACCCCCCUGCCGCUCCCUCAAUGAGCCUCGUCUCCCCCAAACCCUCCACGGGUGGGGGGGCUGAGCUCGGGGUCAAAGCGGUGACUGUGUCUGCGGCCCUCGCGGGUCCUGGUGGGGUGCUAGUCCAGACCCCUGCAGGGACCAGACCCCCACCGGAGCCGGCCAGUGACCUGGUGGACCUGGACAUAAUCUGUGUGGACGACGAGACGGAGCCCAUCGCCACUGAGUGGGGGGGCGGGGCCAAACAGACAUGGGAUGGGGAGGAGCUGAAAGGAGGGAGCAGCGAGACGGACAACUCGUCAGACUUUGAGGACGAGCUGAACGUCGACAAGCACCGUCACAUCCACAACGCGCUGGAGAAGCAGCGGCGGGUGAAGCUGCUUCAGCUGUUCAACGGUCUGAGGAGAGAAGUCGGUCUGAGGGAGGGGAAGACGUCCAAGAUCUUCACGCUGAAGAAGGCGGUGCAGGUGAUCCAGAACCUGAGGACGGCCGACUCCGAUCUGGAGAAGAAGAAGAGGAGGCUGAUGAAGAGGAGGGAUGAGUACCUCAGCAUCAUCGCUCCGGCAUCGGGAAGCAAACGUCAGAGAUCGGCUGAGCCGUCGGAGGGAGCGGCGACGGGAUGCAGAGACUCAGGAUGCAGAGACUCGGGGUGCAGAGACUCGGGGUGCAGAGACUCAGGGUGCAGAGACUCGGGAUGCAGAGACUCGGGAUGCAGAGACUCGGGAUGCAGAGACUCAGGGUGCAGAGACUCGGGAUGCAGAGACUCGGGAUGCAGAGACUCGGGAUGCAGAGACUCGGGAUGCAGAGACUCGGACCUAAUGGAGGUGGUGGAUCUGUUGGACAAGAUGGACGAACCGACGGAGGACUCGUCUGACGAGGAGGGACUCGUUACCACGGCGGAGGAACCGGAGGAGGGGGUCCACCAGCUGGCGAGGAUCCCCAGAGACCUGGACUCGGAAAGUCACCUGCUGGUCGGAGCCUUCAGAGCGCUGCGUUCAGCCAUCGACUGCAAACACCCCUCAAAGAGACUCCUGCUGGACCAGGCCCGUCAGGAGAUCCAGACGCUUCAUAACGAGUCAACGAGCCUGAAGAGUCUGAAGUUGUGUCUGAAGCAGCAGAGAGAUGCUUUCAUCAGAGCCCUCUCCCUCCGAUCAGGUGCAAGUCCACAGAGAAUCCUCACGGACCUGCAGCACCAGUCUGCCAAACAGAAGGAAAGACACCAAACAGCCAAUCAGCUGCAAGCAGCAGGGGGCGGGGCCUCAGGUCCUCCAGCAGGGGGCUCCACUGAUGACGUCAUCAUGAUCACGUCCUCCGGCCUGCACCAGCAGGCUGCUCAAACUCCGCCCAUCGCUACACGUGUUCAGCAGCCUCAGAGUGUCCUGCAGGUGUCCGUCCUGGCUCCCCCUGGUGCAUCCCACAAUGCAUCAGUGGUGAGGGACAGGCCGAGGACGAUCCCCAACAUCCUGUCCCGCAGUAGGACUCCAGCUGCAUCGUCGUCCUUGAAGGCUCUGGGAGCGGCCGAGGUUCUGUCGCUGGUCCGUGCUACGUUGCCGCGGCAACAAGUCCUGACCAUGAGCGCGUUGAUGGCGAGACCGGCGGUGCUGCAGACGUCUCCUUCAGCAGGCAUGACCACAGUCACCCUCAACCUCCCCAAUCCGACCCACCAGCAGAUCCAUCUCACCUCACUGCCCCGCCCCCCAACCGGUAAAAUCUCCAGCAGCUUCACUAACCUCACAGCUGCAAACCUCAACAACCUGCUGCAGCUGGUUCAACCAUCAAGUACACAACAACAACAGAUACUACAACCACAACAACAGAUGCAACAACAGAUACUACAACAACAACAACAACAGAUACAACAACUACAACCACAACAACAGAUAAUACUACAACAACAACAACCACCACCACAACAGUUACAACACCAACAACCACAACAACAGAUACUACGACCACAACAACAAAUACCACCACCUCUUCCCCAACAGCAGCAGCAGCUUCCAACUCGUUCGUCCCUCCUGGUCUCUGCUGGCUCUGACCCCUCCUCAGACCAGAUCAGAUACCAGGACCAGCCUGAGUUCUCUUCCCGGUCUCCCCCGUCCACUCAGGGUGGCCCGUCGUCUUCUCCGUGCCCAGCCCCGAAUGCUGACGGUCGGGCUGCGGUGCCGGUGGGGGGGCCUCUCGACGAGAGUCUGACCUCCCUCCUCAACGAGAUUGUCUUCCUCAACCAGCAGGCUGGAGUCCUGUCACCGGAGAACCCUGUCUCUGAGGAUGCUGUAGCGGGCGGAGCCACGGAGCAGAGACACGCCCACAAGCCCUGGCUCUUGGAACUGGACUCGGACUCUGACGACCUAACUGAUGCAACACGGGGCGGGGCGCAUCUCGGGCCUGCCAACACUAAUGUCUUAGCCCCGCCCCCUCUGCUUCAGAUGAAGGUGGGCGGAGAUAAAGUGGCCGACCCCCCCAGCAGCAAUGGAGCAGCAGGAGGGGAAGAGGGAGGUGGAGGCAGGAGGCAGGGGGGCGUGGCCUGGAGGCCUAUGCCGAGGCUGGUUCCUCUUGGAGUGAGAGGAAAUCCCCCCAGCUGACUCGGAUGUCAUAGAUAAGACCUCAUGGCUCUCACUCUGAUGUCAUAGAUAAGACCUCAUGGCUCUCACUCUGAUGAUGUCAUAGAUAAGACCUCAUGGCUCUCACUCUGAUGAUGUCAUAGAUAAGACCUCAUGGCUCUCACUCUGAUGUCAUAGAUAAGACCUCAUGGCUCUCACUCUGAUGAUGUCAUAGAUAAGACCUCAUGGCUCUCACUCUGAUGAUGUCAUAGAUAAGACCUCAUGGCUCUCACUCUGAUGAUGUCAUAGAUAAGACCUCAUGGCUCUGAUUGGCGACAGUUUGUUCUUCUGGUAAAACAGAAAACACCUGAAACUCCUGAGGGCCAAUCGGAAGCCUCGCUGUUACUCUGACAAUUCGGAACGUUUCAUUUGUCGUUGACGGACGAACAGAGAUUAUAUUGUUAUUGUUGAUUAUAACAGUUCUCUGAAUGUGAGGUCUUCAUUCCUCGUGUUGACGCAACAAGCAACAGAAGAGGAGGAUUGUUGCCAGAAGAGUCCACGUUGUUGUGUUUUGUUUAUCGUUGCAGGAACGUGUGUGUGUGUGUGUGUGUGUGUGUGUGUGUGUGUGUGUGUGUGUG